AUGACCGUUACCACGCCCGUCAAGCCCAAAUUCAAGCGGGCUUUCAGUCACAAGACUCACAUGGUACCCAGGAUCCGACGUGUGAAAUGUGACGAAGAAAAACCCACCUGUCGCCGCUGCAUCAACGACAAGUUCAAAUGCGACGGCUACGCAAUGCCACCAAAACGAAAGAACGCGAAGUCCAAGGCCAAGGCAGAGCAAAGACUGGCUCAACAGACCAAGCUUCCCCUGGCCAUCAGCGAAGCCAUGUUCUUGACGGACUGGGAGAGAUUCUACUUCCAUCACUUCCUGCACUGGACGGCAAAGCAGCUCUUGACCUCUCCGGAUUCGUCCAAUUUUUGGCUUCGCUAUGCUUUUCCGCUAGCUCACCACUGCGAGGCCGUAAGAUACAGCAUGGUUGCUGUUGGGGCGUCCCAUCGGCUGUUCAUGGCUCGGUCAGCAGCUCACCUAAAACCUUUCGAGCUCGAACGCAUCGCCAUUCGCCAGUAUAACAAGGCCAUUGCGGUAAUCACGCCGUCCAUGUCUGCCGAUUCCGUUUAUAACAGGCACUGCAUCCUGAUAUGCUGUCUGCUCUUCGUUUCUGUCGAGGGACUAAUGGGUCGAUACGACGACUUGCUUCGACACCUCCGAUCCGGCAACCAGUUAUUAUCUUCGUCUCUCAACGGCUUUACACCUGACGGGGAUGCGGUGAACGAGAAACUCGUCGACAUGUUUUCACGCCUUAGCACCGAAUCAUCCAAUUUUUGCCGAAAGAACAUUGCCUCAGGGGUAUCACUGUGGUAUCAAGCCAACGCCAACCCGAACAUGAUGUCCGCUCACCCAUUCCGAGACCUGGACGAAGCCUCGUACGAACUACAGAGGCUCAGUGUUCGACGAACCGACAAUGCUUGGUAUAGUCGAGUUGAAUGUGAAGACGAUGAUACAGACGACGUCGAAAGCGAGAAUAGACUGGCUAUGAUACACGAGAAUUUUGCUGCAUGGAAUUCUCGUUUUGAAGCCAUGACAUGCCUCAACCAAGCUAAUCUCCCGGUCGAGAGCAGUUCGCAGCUACGCAAUCUCUGCCUAGCACAGCAGUUCUGGAAGUUGACCAGUGCCGUCCUGGCCCCAGACGAGCCCAUCUCAGGGCCCAUCUCAGAUCCCACCUUCUUCUACGACUUCAUGGCCGCAGCCACAAGUGCAGCCGAGCCGCUCAUUGCAAUGAACCAGCCUACAUUUUCCUUAGAUGGAGACCUAAUCUCAGGCUUGAAUUUUGUCGCUGCGUUGGCGAUCCACCCUUCGGUCGCUGAUGUCAAGAUUCAGGCGCUUGACUUGUUGCGCAGAUUGAAUCGGAGGGAAGGAGUCUGGGAUAGCAGAGAUGUAGUGAGGCUCUAUGAGUUGAUGGCAGCUGCUGAUGAGGAGAGCUGA